AAAGGGCGACUUUUUAAUCACUUCGUUCAUUCAUUAAUUCGUUCAUCCUUUUAUUCUUUGCAAAACGAGUUACUGAGGCAGCAGAGUGAAGUGGUUCCGAGUGCAGACCCCGAAGCCUGGCUUGGUUUCCCCCUUGGCCGUUUGUGACAGUGGGCAGGACAGGGGGCCUCAGCGUCCACACAUGAAACAUGGGAUGCUAGCAGUAUCUCCUUCAGGGGGCGGUUGGGGAAAUGGAAUUAAACAAUGAAGGCAAAGUCUGGCACCUAUAAGCACUCCGUAAACUGCAGAUAUUACCGUGAGCCAGACGCUGUACUAAGAUCAUGGUUUUGAGAGGUAGAUGGGAGGAUAACGUCAGUUGAGGGAGAACAUCUUUGGUCCUACAGUGUUGCUGACACUGACAUUUUUCUAAGUGGUCUUGAACAGCCUACUUUUUAUGUAAAUAACAACUAGACUUCAUAUUUUCCACUUCAGAAACCUAUAAGCUAUAGCUGCCAGAGAGUUAAAAAACACUACUUUUAGGAUAUCAUCUACAUUUAACUUGAAAGCUCUUCUUAUUUAAAAAUGUUGAGAUACUGGGGAGAGAUACCAAUCUCAUCAAGCCAGACCAACAGAAGCUCCUUUGAUUUGCUGCCUCGGGAGUUCCGCCUGGUGGAAGUCCAUGACCCACCGCUGCACCAACCCUCCGCCAACAAGCCCAAGCCCCCUACGAUGCUGGAUAUCCCCUCAGAGCCAUGCAGCCUCACCAUCCAUACCAUUCAGCUAAUCCAGCACAACCGGCGCCUGCGCAACCUCAUUGCUACAGCUCAGGCCCAGAAUCAGCAACAGACGGAAGGUGUAAAGACUGAAGAGAGCGAACCUCUUCCCUCUUGCCCUGGGUCACCUCCUCUUCCUGAUGACCUCCUGCCUUUAGAUUGUAAGAAUCCCAAUGCACCAUUCCAGAUUCGGCACAGUGACCCAGAAAGUGACUUUUAUCGUGGGAAAGGGGAACCUGUGACUGAACUCAGCUGGCACUCCUGCCGGCAGCUCCUCUACCAGGCAGUGGCCACCAUCCUGGCCCAUGCAGGCUUCGAGUGUGCAAAUGAAAGUGUCCUGGAGACCCUAACUGACGUGGCACAUGAGUAUUGCCUUAAGUUCACCAAGUUGCUGCGCUUUGCUGUGGAUCGGGAGGCCCGGCUGGGGCAGACGCCUUUUCCUGACGUCAUGGAGCAGGUAUUCCAUGAAGUGGGCAUUGGCAGUGUGCUCUCCCUCCAGAAGUUCUGGCAGCACCGCAUCAAGGACUAUCACAGUUACAUGCUACAGAUCAGUAAGCAACUUUCUGAAGAGUAUGAAAGGAUUGUCAAUCCUGAGAAGGCCUCAGAGGACACUAAACCUGUAAAGAUCAAGGAGGAACCUGUGAGUGACAUCACCUUCCCGGUCAGCGAGGAACUGGAGGCUGACCUUGCUUCUGGAGACCAGUCACUGCCCAUGGGAGUCCUCGGGGCUCAGAGCGAGCGCUUCCCGUCUAACCUGGAGGUUGAGGCUUCACCACAGGCUUCAAGUACAGAGGUAAAUGCUUCCCCUCUUUGGAAUCUGGCGCACGUGAAAAUGGAGCCUCAAGAGAGCGAAGAAGGCAAUGUCUCUGGGCACGGCGUGCUGGGCAGCGACGUCUUCGAGGAGCCCAUGUCAGGCAUGAGUGAAGCUGGAAUCCCCCAGAGCCCGGAUGACUCAGACAGCAGCUACGGCUCCCACUCCACUGAUAGCCUCAUGGGAUCCUCCCCCGUUUUCAACCAGCGCUGCAAGAAGAGGAUUAGGAAAAUAUAAAAGGAAAAGAGAUUUCCUGUCCAAACCUACAAACCCAACAGAAAACCUGAUAUAUUCAGAUUUGUUUCCAUAGCGAUUUGACUCUUAAACACAGUGGAUUUUCCUGAUUUCAGUGAAAUUGGACUUAACCAAACAAGUUUGCAUAUUACUUUUGCAUUCAGUUUUUGUAAUUUUCCACACCAGCCAAGCCACAUUUUACAGGUAUGUCAUGAUGCUGGGAUGGUAAUCAGGAGGUCAGAGCACUGUCUUUGACGGUUGUCCUUGUGACUAGACCCGUUGCUUAGCUUCUCUAAGGCCAUUUCUCUUGCACAACUGAGAACUGUACCACUUUGACCCAUGUUGCAGGGCUGCUGUGAAGACUAAGAUGCUAUUAAACCUCAAAGUUGUGCUUGAAUAAGAUUCACAAGUAAAUGUAUGCUGGUAUCAGAUGUCAGUUUUUUUAAUUUACUUCAUGUUUGGUUGUCAUUGGGAAUCCAGUACUAACACCUAGCAAGAUAUCGCUAACUCUGCACAACUUACCCAUCUGGAGUCUUUCUAAAACUUUUGUUGCCCAUGAAGUCUCAUAAAACCAAGUCUAUGGUAACACAGCCUUUUUGCUUAUCCAGACAGCCCUCUCCUAUCCCAUCCACAGAUUUUUUCCUUGUUUCUUUAGAUUUGUUCCAUCUAUCCUCAUCCUUAUCUUUAUUUCCACUAAGAUUUUUAAAAUAUUUUCUCUAUGUACAUUUAUUUGCCUCUUUCAUUUUCUCCUUUGUGAAUAAAACAAACAGGAACUGUCCAAA